CAGAGUCAGCUCGGUCAGUCGGAACCCGUCUCUUGGAGGUAAAAAGAAGCUUUCGCCAAGCUAACAUUCCCGCCCCUCCGUCUUCAACAUUUCCAGAGUUCAUCGCUUGGCGAUUUCGCUAUCGGUUCCCUUGUCUGGUUGUCCCCAGAGAGAAUCGAUCAGGUAGCAUGGCACCUUUCCACCGCCGCAAAACAAUACAUGAGAAUCAGACGAAGAGGCGAAUCCACACGAUAGUGCCAUGGAUCCAGAAUCCCCUCCAGGGCGUCGACGAGGACUCAGAGCAGCUUGUCUUCGCGCCAAGACAAGAGGCGAGCACGCUCGAGUUGUUCUUCGACCUCUUCUUCGUCGCCAAUCUCGCCACCUUCACGGCCUACCACUCCAUCGUCGAUCACUCCACUCUCUUCGCCUACAUUGGCUUCUUCGCCAUCAUCUGGGUCACUUGGUUCCACACGGUGCUCUACGACGUCCGCUUCGAAAACGACAGCAUCUUCAGCCGCGCCUGCAAGACGGUCAUCAUGAUGGUAUUUGUGGGCUUCGCCCUGGUCGGCUCCAAAUUCGCCCCGGGCACCGCCGACGGCGACAACACCAUCUUUCGCAUCUUGUGCUACACGCUCGUUGCCAGCCGCGUGCUUUUCAGUGUCCAGUAUACCGUCGUGGGCGUCUUUGUCGGCAUGGCUAGGCGGACUGACCUGUACCUGCCCGUGUUCCUCAACGUGCUGACCUAUGUCGUUGCCGCCGGCGCUUAUGCCGCUUUGAUCCCCGCCUUUGCUAAGGGGAAGCCGGUCGACACAAAGAAUGGCAUUUACAGUGUUUGGUGGAUCGUCAUGUUCCUCGAGACGGUCGCUACCAUCACCGUCUCGUGCUGCUGGCGGAUGCUGAGCUUUAAGAAGACGCAUCUGGUCGAGCGCAUGGGGCUGUUGACGCUGAUUGUUAUCGGAGAGGGUGCGAUCGGCGUGACCAAGACUAUCUCGCGCAUGAUGGGCAAGUCCGGGCUCGAUCCUGAAGGCUCCGGCCUGGUUCUGUGUAUUGUCCUGAUUUUGGUUGGAACGUGGAUGAUCUACUUUGACAACCAUCCGCACGGCCACUUUGGAACCAUUCGGCAGCAGAUCUGGUCCGUCCUGCACUUCCCGAUUCAUCUCGCUAUUGUCGGCGUAGUUGAGGGCGCACAGCAGGUCGCCCUUGCACGAUACGUCUCCCGAGGCAUUCUAAAGUUCGAAAAGUCACUCGUGCAGUACUGUUUCAAGGACCACCUCGACGGCGAAGACCUGGCAGACAAACUGAUCUCGGUCAUCGACUACUUUCAGCUCGACAAGAAGCUGACCAGCCUGAUCUUCGUCCCGGCCAUUCAGUCCGACUUGGAGCUAAUCGGCAACACCACGGGCAUCUGCGGCCCCAAUGUCAAGGGUGCCAGCGGCGCCGACUUGCCCGACACCAUGUUGCAUCUCUUUGCCAACGUGGCGGCUGCCCUGUACAGCGGGCUGGGCGUAAACAUCCCCUUGGACGACGACGUCAUCGAGGUCAUGUUGAACUCGUGGAAGCUCGUGUAUCGAUACUUCUGGGCGGCAUACCUGGUCCUCAUCGGCUGUUUUCUCGUCGUUAUGAUCCUGAUCCGGACGACCAAAAUGGACGCCUUUGACUUCACAGCCUUCUUUGACCGCGGUGCGGUCGUGGUUGCUGCGGCUGCCAUCCUUGGCUUGUCGGCGGGCAAGGACUUGAUGUACAGCAUCAUUGAGACGCCGAUCAUCCUGCCGAUUGCGGUUAUCCUUCUCUACCUGAUUAUUGUGCUCGAUCGACUCGGCGCGUGGAUUGCGAACAGGAGGAAUAGGAGGUCGGGGGACCAGCUGGUAGGGGGCAAUAAUGGGCAUGGGCAUAAGCACCAAGACCAUGGCGGGAGGCAGCACGAGGUGGACAAGCAGCGUCUUCUGGUCUCGGCGGUCCAUGUUCCGUCUCAUCAAGAGGAGUAUCACAUGUCCUAUCUUCCGAUGGGAACGUCAGUGAUCCAAUCCUACGAGGAAACCACCACACCAUCUGCUUACAGCUCGCCGCACCAAACUCCACCAGCAGCUGGGGGUUUGCCGGCUGCCGCGGCAUCUGGCACCGGCGGAUACAUGCCGGUUCGAAAUCCUCAUUAUGCUAGUAACGGGUAUUGAGUUCUUCACUGUCGAUCUUGUUUUUUGACUUUUGGGUAUAGGCGUUGGAUAGGUCAGGGAGAAGGAAUCAUUACAGCUAGAGUACCUAACCGUCAAUCAGACCGCAUAAUGAUCCAUGGAUAUGCGGUCCAGUGUCUGCAGAUAGCCCGUACAAGCAGCAAACCCUCUCAGGGGGACGUCAGACGGGUACAUCCAAGAGUCGUCGCGGUGGCACGCGGGUAUGGCGACGGUCCGGUAGUUAAGGCCGAGUGCUACCCAUGUUACAGCCCACUUCUAGCCAUGGCUGGAGGGUGUUUAAACGAGUAUAUCGGGAAG